AAGAGCGACGUGGAGACGGUCGCCAUCGCGGUGGCUGUGUCAUAUGCCAUCCGCCUUGUGAUUGCAGAGCCGCGCUUUAUCCCCUCGCUCUCCAUGUUUCCCACCUUUGACGUCGGCGACCGCCUGGUGGCCGAGAAGCUGACCUUUCGCUUCUCCAGGCCACCCAGCACCGGUGACAUUGUGAUCUUCCGCCCUGCUCGUGGCGUGGGGCGCGAUGCCAGCUGGCUGGAUGACAACGUCUUCAUUAAGCGCAUCGUCGCCGUAGCAGGCGGGUGGCGGUUGGUGGAGGUGCGUGGUGGCAAGCUGAUUGUGAAUGGGAUGGCGCGGGAGGAGCCAUACAUCAACGAACCACCCAAGUACCAGCUGCAGCGGCUGGUGGUUCCCGAGGGUUUUGUGUUUGUGAUGGGGGACAAUCGCAAUAACAGCUAUGACAGCCACAUCUGGGGCCCGCUGCCUGUGGAGAACAUCAUCGGCCGCGCCUGUUGGAAGUACUGGCCGCCGCAGAAGUGGGGCGGGCUG